AUGGCAAUAGAGAAUACUUCUGGUUCUUCUCUACCACAGAGAGAUUAUGCACUGCUGGAUCGUGUUCUUCCUAAGAAAAUUGAUGAUGCAGAGCUCACAAAAUCUGAAGUUGUGACCUUAACAUGUGGAGUCUUGUUCUUUGUUGCAUUCUUUGUGGCUAUGUAUGUUGAGCACUCGGAGCACUUGUCACCGCCCACGAAGCACCUGUCACCACCCACGAAGCACCUGUCACCGCCCACGAAGCACCUGUCACCGCCCACGAAGCACCUGUCACCGCCCACGAAGCACCUGUCACCGCCCGCCCACGAAGCACCUGUCACCGCCCACGAAGCACCUGUCACCGCCCACGAAGCACCUGUCACCGCCCACGAAGCACCUGUCACCGCCCACAAAGCACCUGUCACCGCCCACGAAGCACCUGUCACCGCCCACGAAGCACCUGUCACCGCCCACAAAGCACUUGUCACCGCCCACAAAGCACUUGUCACCGCCCACAAAGCACUUGUCACCGCCCACAAAGCACUUGUCACCGCCCACAAAGCACUUGUCACCGCCCACAAAGCACUUGUCACCGCCCACAAAGCACUUGUCACCGCCCACAAAGCACUUGUCACCGCCCACGCCCACAAAGCACUUGUCACCGCCCACAAAGCACUUGUCACCGCCCACAAAGCACUUGUCACCGCCCACAAAGCACUUGUCACCGCCCACAAAGCACUUGUCACCGCCCACAAAGCACUUGUCACCGCCCACAAAGCACUUGUCACCGCCCACAAAGCACUUGUCACCGCCCACAAAGCACUUGUCACCGCCCACAAAGCACUUGUCACCGCCCACAAAGCACUUGUCACCGCCCACAAAGCACUUGUCACCGCCCACAAAGCACUUGUCACCGCCCACAAGCACUUGUCACCGCCCACAAAGCACUUGUCACCGCCCACAAAGCACUUGUCACCGCCCACAAAGCACUUGUCACCGCCCACAAAGCACUUGUCACCGCCCACAAAGCACUUGUCACCGCCCACAAAGCACUUGUCACCGCCCACAAAGCACUUGUCACCGCCCACAAAGCACUUGUCACCGCCCACAAAGCACUUGUCACCGCCCACGAAGCACUUGUCACCGCCCACAAAGCACUUGUCACCGCCCACAAAGCACUUGUCACCGCCCACAAAGCACUUGUCACCGCCCACAAAGCACUUAUGA